AUGCUUUGUCUGGCACUCAUUGUGCUCCAGCUGCUCUCGCCUAGCGUCUCCGCAGAAGUGGCAAGAGUACGGUCCUCCUCACUAUCGACAAUCCUCGCUCGCGAUGCUUUUUCCGACCAGGAUCCAAUUAGUAGUGAAGGCGAAACGCACGUCCGUCCCACCGUCCCGAGGGGCGCUUCUCUCGUCUCGCUUCCCGUCACCUCUGCAGCAUCACUGGCAGUGUAUUGGACGGCGAAUCCCAAGAAUUCGACGGCUACUAAUGCCUACAUCAUAAUGCACGGAAAACUUCGAGAUGGUGCCAAUUACUGGAACAUCCUCAACAAUAUUAUCAAAUCCGCCAUCGCGGCCAAAACGCCCAAUGCCGUUUCGACAUGCAUCGUCGCAGCACCACAGUUUUACUCGACCCGAUUAAACUCGGGCCAGUACACAACAAGCCAGCUGGCAUGGGCAGAUACCAAUGUUUGGCAAGCGGGUCAAGCGGCGAAUCAUCCAUCAGCUAGCAAUGUCACUAGUUUCGAUGCUCUGGAUGCGCUGCUCGCCGAAUUUAGCGAUACCUCCAAGUACCCCAGCAUGAAGCUCAUCACUUUCGUCGGACAUGGAGGAGGCGGUCAGCUGAUUUCGAGGUAUGCCAUGGCAGGUGCAGGACUGCCAAGUUCGAGCCGUAUUCAACUGCGUUACGUGGUCGGCGAUCCAUCUUCCAACCCCUACUAUACCCUGGAUCGACCGCUCCAAGACGAUUCGGUAGCUAAUAAAUCCACGUGCCCACUCUACAAUCGAUGGAGAUACGGAUUCGACCAAUUCAACGGCACAAAAUCUUCUGGUCUCCUGACACCACAACAAUACUUUGCUCGGCUAGCCACGCGCGAUGUACGGUGGGUGGUAGGAUACCAAGACACUCGACCUGAUGGGGACAACACCUGUAUGGCCAAACUCCAAGGUGGCGCAGCACGACGUGAUCGGAACUUGAGCUGGUGGAGAUACAUCAACACGCUCGCUGGCACGAAAGAAGACCUCACCGGUUUCCCUGGAGCUUUGCCUGGAAUGGUUUCGUGGGGGAACGUGACGCAAAAUACGCUCAACCAUCGAUUGACGGUGGUCUAUGGAGCCGAUCACGACGCACAGGAUGUGUAUUCGAGUCUGGAAGGCAUGUCGGCUCUGUUUGACGAUACGCAAAAUGUUCAGUUGGGUUGGAGACCGCAGGGUUGGAAAAAUGUAACGAGCGUGAACCACUCGACGGCCGCUUCGAGCAGCGAGUCAUCGGGAGGUGUAUCCACGCUGAUCGAAGUGCGGCUCAGUCUGGCGGCCUUGGUUGCGAUCGCGUCGCUGCUUGUUGUUGGGGCUUCCGUCUUGCUUUGA